AUGACAAUUGAAAAGACAAUGCCUAUUGUCCAACCAGAACAGUUGGAAGAGGAGGAUGAACAAGGUAAGAUAGCAAUCAAUCUAGAGAAUGGUGUAAAUGGUGAAUCAGAGAAAAAGAAGAAAAAGAAAAAAAAGAAAAAGAAAACUAGUACUCCAUCUCUACAAGUAGGUGUGACAGCAUCUGGAGAAUUACCAACUGCAGAUGCACCUGUUCCUGGAUUAGUACAAACUACGCCACCAACUAUUCCAGUAUCAAAGUUUUAUCCAAAUGGUGUCUAUCCACAUGGAGAAAUAUGUGAGUACAAGGAUCAACAUUCUUAUCGUACUACAAGUGCAGAGCUUAGAGAUCAGGAAAAACUAUUCUAUGAUACUAUCAAUGAUGUCCGUAGAGCCGCAGAAGUUCACAAACAGGUCCGUUCAUUUGUUCAGGGAAUGGUCAAACCAGGUGUUACAUUAUUAAACUUGGUUGAAAGUUUGGAAACUGCUACCAAAACUUUGGUAGAAGCAAAUGGAUUAAAUCCAUUAAAUGCAGGUGUUGCAUUUCCAACUGGUUUAUCAAUUAAUAAUAUUGCUGCACAUUAUUCACCAAAUACAGGUGACAAGAUAGUAUUAAAGUAUGACGAUGUUUUAAAGGUUGAUAUUGGUACACAUGUCAAUGGACGUAUUAUCGAUUCUGCUUUUACUGUCAAUUUUAAUCCAAAGUUUGAUCCACUGAGAUUAGCAGUCAAGGAAGCAACCAAUACAGGUAUUAGAGAGGCAGGUAUCGAUGUCAGACUAUGUGACAUUGGUGCAGCCAUCCAAGAGGUUAUGGAAUCACAUGAAAUUGAAUUGGAUGGAAAAGUACAUCAAAUCAAACCAAUUCGUAAUCUAUGUGGUCACAAUAUUGCUCAAUACGAUAUUCAUGCUGGAAAAUCAGUCCCAAUUGUUAAAGGUAGUACUGAAUCUGUAAAAAUGGAAGAGAAUGAAUUUUAUGCAAUUGAAACAUUUGGUAGUACUGGUAAGGGUGUUGUGUAUGAAGACUUGGAAUGUAGUCAUUACAUGAAGGUAAAGAAUGCACCACAUGCCACCAUUCGUUUAGCAAGAUCCAAGCAAUUGUAUCAUCACAUUUCAAAAAACUAUGGAACUCUAUGUUUUGCCAGAAGAUGGCUGGACCAAUCAGGUGAGGAUAAACAUAUUAUGGCUCUUAAAAACCUAUGUGAUCUUGGUCUAAUUGAUCCAAUUCCACCACUUGUCGAUGUAAAAGGUUCUUACACUGCUCAAUUUGAACAUACUCUUUUAUUACGUCCAACUUGUAAAGAAUUUUUGGAUGAUGAUGAUUAA